AUGUCGAGGGUGCUGGGAAUGCAACAAUCUACUUUGCCAUUUCGCUAUCUUGGAAUUAAUUUAUUUAAAGGUAGGAAUCGGCCAUUAUAUUAUAUGCAUCUCCUUGAAAAGGUGGAGGCAAGACUCCAAGGCUGGCAGUGGAAAUUACUGUCUCCGGGAGGCAGAUUGGUGCUUAUUAAACAUGUUAUCUCUUCAAUCCCUCUCUUCACUGCGUCUUCGGUUCUCUUACCUAAGCAGACCGAACGCUCGCUGGAAUCAAAAUUCGCGAAUUUUUUCUGGGGAAUGGACAGUGGCAGGCCAAAGAGACACUGGAUUUCGUGGAGGAAUUUAUGCCUGCCCGAAGCUGAGGGAGGACUGGGAGUUCGGUCCCUAGCCACUAUCCAGCAGUCAUCCUCAGCGAAAUUGCUUUUUAACUUGCUUCGUGGGGGAUCCUUAUGGAGUGAUUUUAUGGACGCUGCCUACAUCAAUGGCUCCCAUACGACGACCUCUCUUACCUGGAAACGGAUGCAGCAAGCACGCGACUUUGUUGAUCAACACAUCCAAAUCACGGAGGAGGCGGUAAUCUGGACACUCGCCCCUUUGGGUGAUUUCACCACCGCCACAGCUUAUGAAGCUCUUAGGCCAAAAAGCUGGUGCCAGCUUGUCUUCAGGCUGCAUUUGGAGACAAGGAAUCCCCUCGAAGAUCUCAAUAUUUAUGUGGAGGUUGCUUCGUCGAUUCCUGCCCUUCCCUGA